AUGAAAAACCCAAGAGGAAAUAAUCGCUCUGACCCUGUGAGUGAAUUCAUUCUUCUUGGAUUCCCUUGCACCUGGGAGGUUCAGAUCUUCCUCUUCUCACUCUUCUCUGUGAUCUAUGUGUUGACACUAACUGGAAAUGUGUGCAUUAUCUGUGCAGUGUGGUGGGACCACCAUCUCCACACCCCCAUGUACGUCCUGCUGGCCAAUUUCUCCUUCCUGGAGAUGUGGUAUGUCACUUCUACAGUCCCCAAUAUGCUAGCCAACUUUCUCUCUGAGACCAAGACCAUCUCCUUCUCUGGCUGCUUCCUCCAGUUCUACCUCUUCUUCUCCACAGGCGGUACCGAGACCCUCUUCUUGUCUGCCAUGGCCUUUGACAGGUACCUUGCCAUCUGCAGGCCUCUUCACUACCCCACUGUCAUGACGGUGCAACGCUGCAUCAGAAUGGGAGCCUGCUGCUGGCUGUGUGGCUUUUUGUACUUCCUCUUGCCUAUUCACCUAAUCUCUCAGCUCCCAUUUCAUUGUCUCAGUAAGAUUGAUCAUUUCCUAUGUGACUCAGGACCCCUUAUAAAGCUGUCCUGUGUGCCAGCCCCUGCCACUGAAAUCAUUUGUGCCACUUUUAACUCAGUCCUCAUUUUCUCCACCUUACUCUUCAUUAUCAGCUCCUACACUCUGGUUAUCAGGGCUGUGCUUAGGGUCCCCUCAGCAGAAGGCCGACAUAAGGCUUUCUCUACAUGUGGAUCCCAUCUGGCUGUGGUGUCCCUGUUUUAUGGCUCCAUCAUGAUUGUAUAUGUGAGCCCAACAGCAGGCAAUUCAGCAGAGAUUCAAAAAUACGUGACUUUGUCCUAUAUUGUGUUAACUCCGCUAUUCAACCCUUUGAUCUAUAGUCUCCGAAAUAAGGAGAUGAAGGAGGCACUGAGAAAAUUAUUUAAGACAGUAAGAUUUAGUCAAAAGCAUGAAAGAAAUCUCUGA